CUUCUCAGGCGCCCUGCUUGUGCGCGUGCGCGCUCCUCUUUGUUAGCUCUUGCGUGACUUUUCGACUCUUUCAGAUUGAGAGCUUCAGGAGGGCGGCCGGCUGGUCGGAGUUCAAAGUGCUGUGGAGGCUGAAGCGGUGAAACGAUAGCGGAGGAGGAGUGCGAGUCGAGCUGGAGAGCCCGGAAUACCAGAGGAUUCUGCUUCUUGGGAGCUACGGACCCCUCAAUGAGCUAUGCGAUGGCCUUCCAGCCAGGCUACUGAAAGCUUGGAAACGCAUCCAAACAAAGAGAAGACAAAAGGGCACCGCACUGAAGACAAUCGAUCUCCACCCCGAGCCGAAGCCAUGGAGCAAAGAGUGGCCCCCAUUAAAGAGGAGGACUGUGAGUGGGGCCCCGUGCACCUGGGGGAUCACUGUAUGGCGCUAGAUGAUCAUGAGGUGCAGAAGUCUUAUUUUAAAGAGGAAGAGCAGGAAGAGGAGGAGACUGUUGUCAUUAAAGUGGAAGAUUCAGAGAGUGUCCCACUGAGCCAUGAAACUGUAAAUAUCGCAUUACAGACUGAGACGACGUAUUUCAGGUCGCCAGUGUGGAGACUGGGUGCAGCCGGGCAGAACGCUGCUCAGCUGAAGGAGGAGGACGAGGAGAACAUUGUACAGUCGGUAAGCUGUGGGAGAUCAGAAAGGGAACCCUGGCCAUUGACAAGACCACCUGGAUUAACCUUGCCGGACGAGCCUGAUGGACUCUCCAAAUCUUCAGUGGUCGACUCUUCUCCUCAAGGCAAAGCUCUGAUGAAGGAUUGUCAAAGAACCUUAAUGUCCAGGGCUGAGCAUUUGUUGUCCACUUUUCUACCGUCUCCUUGCCCUCCUGUUGUAAAUCGGACAAAGAGAGCUACGGUUGGAAAUCGGCAACCGAAGCACAAGACCCGUCAAGUGCCUUUGAUUGUCUGCCAGGUGUGCGGGAAGACUUUUAAAAACAGGACCGACCAUAAGAAUCACCAGCGAGUGCACACCGGGGAGAAGCCCUACUGCUGUAAUAAAUGUGGCAAACGAUUCACACUGAGUGGCAACCUUCAGACGCAUCUUCGGCUGCACAGUGGUGAGAAGCCACACACCUGCUCUGUCUGUGACAAGCGUUUCUCCAUGAAAAAGUACCUUCAAAGCCACAUGAGAACUCACACGGGAGAAAAGCCUCACAGCUGUGGCGAAUGUGGCAAGAGAUUCUCGGACGUUGGCCACCUUAAGAGACACAGAAGAAUUCACACUGGAGAGAAGCCACAUAUCUGCCCGGAGUGUGGCAAGUUAUUUUCGGACAUCGGCAGCCUUCAGAAACACAGAAGGAUCCACACAGGUGAGAAACCUCACUGCUGUCCUGAAUGUGGCAAACGAUUCUCCCUGAUCGGCAACCUAAAGAGACAUUCGUCGGUGCACACAGGAGAGAAACCACACAGCUGUACUGAAUGUGGGAAACGCUUCUCCGAUGUGCAGACUCUUAAGAGACAUGCAAAAGUCCACACUGGGGAAAAGCCUCAUAGCUGCAUUCAAUGCGGCAAAUGUUUCACAGACAUUCAUACUCUCAGGAGACAUGAGAGAAUCCAUUCAGGAGAGAAGCCACACCAGUGCGCCGAAUGUGGUAAAAAAUUCACUUGCCGGGGCAGUCUCAUCAUACAUGCCAGGUACCACAGUGGAGAGAAACCGCACUGCUGCUCCGAAUGUGGCAAACGAUUUUCAAACAUCAGUGAUCUCAAGACUCAUGCAAGGAUUCACACUGGGGAGAAACCUCACUGCUGUGGCGAAUGUGGCAAACGCUUCUUGACAGUGGCCAGACUUCGGAUGCACUCACGAAUUCACACUGGCGAGAAGCCCUACUUCUGCACCCAGUGUGGCAAGCGAUUCUCACACAACAUCAGCCUUCAGAUCCACUUAAAAAUUCACAAAGGUGAGAAACCUCAUGGCUGUCCUGAAUGUGGAAAACGAUUCUCCAUCAUCAGCAAUCUUAAAAGACACAUCUUAAUUCACACUGGACCUCGGGAGAAGCCUCACUGUUGUACAGAAUGUGGCAAACGAUUCUCAGAAAUCCAAAGUUUAAAAACGCAUGCAAGGAUUCACACAGGAGAGAAACCGCACUGCUGCUCUGAGUGCGGCAAGCGGUUCACAAUCAUCAGCACCCUUAAGAGACACGCCAGAAUUCACACAGGAGAGAAGCCGUAUUUCUGCAGUGUUUGUGGAAAGCGGUUUUCAGACAGCAGGUACCUUCAGGUGCACCUCAGGAUUCACACCGGGGAGAGACCUCACUCCUGUGCAGCCUGUGGCAAACGAUUCACCACCCUGAGCAAUCUCAAGAGGCACACAGCCAUCCAUACUCGAGUGAAGCCUCACUGCUGCCUUGAAUGCGGCAAGCGAUUCUCAAAUGUCGCUGACCUGACCACCCAUGAAAGAAUCCACACCGGAGAGAAACCGUAUUUCUGUUUUGAAUGUGGCAGGAACUUUGCUGCCAUAAGCAGCCUGAAGAGGCACGCAAGAGUUCACAGAGACCCCCAACUUGUGUGAAGUUGACAUCCAUGGUGGCAGUGCAAGCAAAACCACCAGAAAGUGUUUACCACCAAAAGAGCAACCACAUGAAAUGCAAAUGCAUGUGCUUAAGUCAGAGACAGAGUAUGAAGUACCGUGGCCACCCUCGUACUCACAGAUACUCCUAGGGUAUUUGGUGCAUACCUUUACUUGGCAAACACUUCACAACAAUUCUGUGCCAAACCUCAGAAUUACGUAGAUUAGGAGUGGUUAUUGCGGUUUCCGAGAAACAAGCUCAAAAUGUCUGCUCCAUGAACCAAUGGAGCGUCUUCAAAGGAUUCGGUUAUAUACUGGUAUGUUAUCAAGUGUGAAUGGGGGCCACCUGAAGAAAACAAAAAGGGGACUGUGAUAAUUGCAAGAGCACGACAGACUUGGGAUCUGCUGAUGACAAUCGGUAUUCACCUGCUGGAAGACGCCUGUUACCAGUGCUUUCCAAAAUUCGAUUUGGAGCAAGCGUUUUCAGAGUAGACCCCAAACGUGAUCUGUGUGUUUUUGUGUGGGUGGAGGGUGUGAAGGUAAGCUGCAGACCCCUAGUAUAAUGAAAGGGCUGCCAAAGUGACGAGAGGAGCACAGCACUGGAACAAUAACGACGAAAUCCAUGAAGCACUUCUUGUGGGGAUCCGAACUUAACUGUUAAGUAGGGCGAGCAAAGCUAUGAAUGAACCAGACGAGUCUGUUAAACUUCCUGAUGUUACCUCCGAACCCCUCAUUGUGUGCCUGUUUACCGCAGCUGUCCCACUCACUGAUCGCCAUACCUGGAGGAGUUACGGGAUAAGGGAAUGUGUCAGAAUAUGGGAAAGGCACAAAGAAAUAAAAGAAAUCAGACACGGCCAGCCUGUCAGCCUCUCUCCAUAUUGGAUUCAGUGUUGGAAUGGCAAGAGCAGUUCACUUGUUGUUGCUCCACACUGUAGACAUUUGGAUUUGAGAUCAAAAGAUGAGUAUGAGUCCAGAGAUCCAAAUUUCAGCCGGUAUCCAUAUCUCCUCAAUGUGCUCACCGAUAGAGAAGAUGGCACCUUUGGUAGGAGGGCACCCUGAACAGCAAGUCUUCCAAUUCAGUCACCGUUUCAUUUUGUUUGCAGCCCGCGACUCCUCGACAUCACCCGAUGGUCGGUUUCUUCUUGUGUUCUGCUGUUCCUGGCAGCCUCGUUCAGUUCUUGUUUGUUCUCCUUCGGUCUCCUCUUCAUGCUCAGAUGUGUUAGGGUCCACUGCUGGACUUGACCCGUCUACACCCUUCCACCAUUAGAUGGGUGAGUGGGCAGUGUGUUUGAGAUCUGUGGCUUGCCACAUGAUGAAGUUCCUCCCGUGUAGUUUGGAUGUAAAUUGGCCAACUUCUGAAUUCCUUCUGCUGUUACCAGUCAUGAGUUACAUCACCAAUCAGGAUUGGUGGUCCUGCUCCAGAAGCAGUCGUGCUGGCCCGAGCCAUGACUGUACCGCCAGCCGUAGAAACGUGGAUCAGGAGCACAUCCUGUCUCUUUCCACACUUUGGUAGAGGUCCAUCUUGGUCUCAUCAGUCCAUUCCAAAUUCCAAUCUGGCUUUCUGGUUCUUUCUGCUGAUGAGUGGCUCGACUCUUCUGGAAUGUCUUCUGUGUUUCUGCUUUCGGAGUCUUCCUUGAAUGGUGGCUGGUGGUUCCUUCACCCCGGCUCUGUGGAGGUCUUCACAGCUCUUUCCUUGGUUGUCCCUUUCGAUGUCCAUUGCUCAGUAUGCCGGUGGUUUCUUUCUCUUCCAGAACAUUCCAGAUUGUUCUGUUGAGUACACUCAAUGUCUGUGCAGUUCCUCCAGUCGAUGUUCCCUCAGCUUUUCUCUCCCAUAGACGGCUCUCUGGUCUUUCAUGCUGGCUUCGUCUUUUUCAUACCCAAGGUGUAAACCAAAAGGUCAUGUUGAGAGCUAACAGGAUGCGCCCGUCACUCAGGUGGUCCCAGAUCUCCUCCGAGAGGUGCCAUCUUGUAAGUCAUUGAAUCCAUCAAGCUGUCAGUAGCAGCUGAAGGUCUGGUCUCUUGUCUCAAACUCCCCUUCUGAUCUCCAAGCCAAAUGUCUUUGGUGUCCAACAACUGAACUGGCCUCUCCGGGCUUAUGGUUUCGGUGGGGUCAGAACGUCUAUCAACACAGAUCCAAGGUGGCUCAAGGUUACUCUUUCCAUUAUUUUGUCUCCUUUGAAUGGAAGUUGAUUUAAAUGUCACUGUUCUUCUCUUUUGAUGUAGCUGUUCUUUAUGUAAAGACUAUGAAGGGAAUUCAUACCAUUGUUUUUUAGACCAAGCUCUUCCAGAAGACCACGGGGAGGACAUGUGUGAAGGGUCAAUUUCACACAACCAUUUGAACGUUUUCACCCUGAGGACCACAGAAUCUUGAAAUUAACAACUAUGUACAACUUUAAGGGGGCGUUCAAAAAAGAAAAAAAACUUGAUGUUAUGAUGCAAAAGUUUUGGUGAGGAGAACUGGGGGUCUUUUUUUGGGGUGACUGGCUCCUGUUCUGUUCAUAAUUCUUUAAAUGUUCGAUGUAGUCCCUUAAAACACACAGAUUGGGGUCAACCCUGCAGUCCUCUUGUUUAGCGAUAUGACUGCUCUAAGCAGGACUUUCACAUUGGUGUGUUGGUGUCUUGUCGGGUUUAACCUGACUGGAUAAAGACAGACAUGUCAGGUAAGCUCGACUAGAAGCUUUGAGGUUAGCCGGUCCUCCUCACACAUCAUGAUGUUCCAGAAGGUGGUGACCACCAUAAGGAAGUGUGAAACUCUGCUGCAUGCUGUAGACUCGAUAAAAGUGAGUGACUCUAUAAACAUAUAACACAUCGAGAGGCAUGACUGGCACCACACAACAGAUCGAUUUAUAGUGCCUUUCAUAUCUACCAGUUCUAAAACUCUUGAGUUAAAGAAGACAAGUUUUGAGUAAAAGCAGUCAUGCCCAUUCAUCAUGGGGUAGAGAGUGGUGAUUAACACGUGAAAGUAAGAAUUUCACUGUGCUCUGUAGAUGGGUCAAGACUGACUGUACUGUAUUAACUUAUCGUCGAUAAGCACCAUAUACAAGAUACACAUAAGAGACACUCUAUAAGAGGGAGGCGUGAAAGUCCCUAACACUCUUAGAUUUGUCAGGAUGGGUGACAGAAAUGUUACGGUAAGAUAGUUCUACAGUUGCCGUUUACCACAUGAAAGUAAGAAUUUCACUGUGCUCUGUAGAUAGGUCAGUGCUGACUGUAUUGUAUUAACUUAUCAUCAAUAAGCACCAUAUACAAGAUAUACAUAAGAGACACUCUAUAAGAAGGAGGUGUUAGUCCCUAAAGCACUUAUAUUUUUCGGGCUGGGUGACAGAAAUUUUAAAGUACGAUAGUUAUACAGUUGCCGUUUACCACAGGAAAGUAAGAAUUUUUCUGUGCUCUGUAGAUGGGUCAAGACUGACUGUACUGUAUUAACUUAUCGUCGAUAAGCACCAUAUACAAAAUACAGAUAAGAGACACUCUAUAAGAGGGAGGCGUGUUAGUCCCUAAAGCACUUAGAUUUUUCGGGCUGGGUGAUAGAAAUUUUAAAAUAAGAUAGUUAUACAGUUGGCGUUUACCACAUGAAAGUAAGAAUUUCACUGUGCUCUGUAGAUGGGUCAAGACUGACUGUACUGUAUUAACUUAUUGCCAAUAAGCACCAUAUACAAAAUACACAUAAGAGAUACUCUAUAAGAGGGAGGCGUGAUAGGCCUUAAAGCACUUAGAUUUUUUGGGCUGGGUGAUAGAAAUUUUAAAAUAAGAUAGUUAUACAGUUGGCGUUUACCAUAUGAAAGUAAGAAUUUCACUGUGCUCUGUAGAUGGGUCAAGACUGAUUGUACUGUAUUAACUUAUUACCAAUAAGCACCAUAUACAAAAUACACAUAAGAGACACUCUAUAAGAGGGAGGCGUGAUAGGCCCUAAAGCACUUAGAUUUUUCGGGCUGGGUGACAGAAAUUUUAAAGUAAGAUGGUUAAAUAGUUGGUGUUUACCACAUGAAAGUAAGAAUUUCACUGUGCUCUGUAGAUAGGUCAAUACUGGCUGUACUGUAUUAACGUAUCAUCAAUAGGAGAAGGUGAAAACACCAUAUACAAGAUACACAUAAGGGAAAGGCAUGAAAGGCCCUAAAACUCUUAGAUUUGUCAGGCUGGGUGACAGACAUUUUAAAGUAAAAUAGUUAAACAGUUGGCGUUUACCACAUGAAAGUAAGAAUUUCAUUGCCAUAAUAAUAACCGUAUAACAGAUAGAGAGGCAUAAAAGGCACUAUAUAACAAGGUGAAGUAUUGUGACUUUCAUUUCUGUUUUAGUAUUUUUCACAUAAAGAAGAUGCAUUUUGAGGCAAGCUAGUUAUAAUCAUAAUCAUGGCCCCCUGGACGUUGACACUUAGCAUGUGCAAUUAAGCAUUACACUUUGGUCUGUACCCAUUACAGUAACGACCUCAUAAAUAUGUAACAGGUACAUGAAUAGACGGUGAACAGCACUACACUAUACUGGUAAGAUUUCUCAAGUAAGAAAGACAAAAGUUUCAAGAUGAAGUCGUUCUUCUCUCUGAUUAGGGUGUUGGAGAGAAGCGAUUAGCACUAACAAGUAAGCAUUUCAGCGCAGUCAGCAGACAGGACAAUAAGGACCUUAUAAAUUUGUCACAGAUACAAGAAUAGACCGUACAGGGCACUACACUACACUUGUGAGAUUUCUCAAAUAAGAAAAACAUUUUGAGAUGAAGUCGUUCUGCUCUCUGAUUAUGGAGCUGAAGAGAAGCGAUUAGCACAAACAAGUAAGCACUGUGACCCUAUAAUAAUGACUGUGUAAACCCUAGCAAAAGAUAGAGUGUCAUGAAGGGCACUAUAUGACAUACUGUAGCUGUACAGUGCGUUUCAUAUCUGUCUGUUUUAAAAAUCUUUCAAGUAAAGAAGGCAGGCAUUUUGAGUUCAGGUCGUUCAACUCACUUAUAAAGGCACCAGGGUCUGGCGAUUAGCACAUGCAAGCAAGGCCUUCAUUGGACUCUCUAGAUGAGGAACAUAAGGACCGUAUAAACUUAUAACAGAUAGAUUGACAUGAAAGGCACUAUAUAACUGGUAGAUGUGAAAGGCACUACAGGGAUGAGAUUUUCAGUUAAGGAUGACCUGAAGUUUCAAGAUGACGUAGUUCUGCUCACUUAUCAUGGAGUCGGAGAGAAGCGAUUAGCACAAGCAAGUAAAAAUCUUGCUGACAAUGUAGAAAUGACAAUAAGGACUGAAUAAACGUAUAACAGAUAUCGUGUACCUGAUAGGCACUACAUACAACAUAGACAUAGAACGGGUAGACCUGAAAUGCACUAAAUGUCUGAGGUUUUUCAGGUUAGGGAGAUGGGUGAUUUGAAGUAGGGUGGUGAGACCGACUAAUCGGGGCAUCUAAGAGCAGCGAUUAGCACAGCAAGUAAGGAUUACACUGUAUGCUGUACACGUGACCAUAAUAACAGUAUAAACCUUAGGUAGAGUAAAGGUAAAGGCACUAUAUAGCACACAUAGUGGCUUUCAUUUCUAUCUGUUCUAUGAUUUAUCAGGUAGAAAAGACAAAAGUUUUAAGUUCAGGUCGCUCUACUCAGUAGCCGUGGUGCUGAAGAGAGACGAUUUGCAUGUGCAAGUGAAGACAUCGCUGGACUCUGUCACAUUAAUGACUUCCUAAACUUGUACUAAGUAGGGUGACGUGAAAGGCACCAUAUAACAGAAAAGGCCUUAAAUGUCUGAGAUGUUUCAGGCCAGGAGGACAGAAGCUUCGAGGUCAGCUACUUCUCACUCAUCAGAUUUGCAGAAUUUCACUGUCGCCGAUUCACUUGAGCAUCAAUUUGUAACGGACAGAUAAAUGGACACGAGAGACGCAAUACGACAGAAAGGUAUGGAAGGCACAAGAAGUCUGAGAGUGUUCGGGUAGGGAAGGCCGAGGUCUUGAAGUGAGAUGGUUGGCAGCAGAGAGACUUUCAAUAUACGCUGUAGACAAGAAAGUAAUCACCGUGUAAACCCAAUAACAGACAGAAAGACUAAAAAGGCAACAGACAGCUGUGUAUAGCGCCUUUCAUACAUCCCUGCUUUAAGGUUUUUUAGUUUUGAGGUACAGUAGUCCCACUCAUCAGUUAUGUCACAGGAGAGAGGCGACUGAGGCCUUUACUUAACUCUGACUAUGAGGACUCUGUCAACCAAUAAUCAAUGGACAUUAAAGGCACUAUAUAAUAAAUAUGAAAGACACUCUAGUUGUGAAUUUGUUUUCUGCUAAGAAAGACGCAAGUUUCAAGGCCAGUCAGUCCUAACUUGCAAUCCUUGCACCUUGUCAUGUGCAAGUAAGAAUUUUACUCAGCUCUGUAACGUUGGACAAUGAGCCACCUUAAUAAAAGG